GUACCCUUUCCUACUUAUUGAAGUGUUGAGCAGCAUACCGCUCUUGCUUGGCGGACGCAGAUUCUUGCUCUGAGGUCGGUGUAAAGGAUUCUUCAAGAGUAAGGCGUUAAGAUGUCAAAAGACGUCCCACGUGAGCCGGAACAGCUCCGUAAGCUGUUCAUCGGAGGCCUGAGCUUCGAGACGACAGACGAAAGCCUGAGAGCUCAUUUUGAACAAUGGGGGUCUCUAACAGACUGCGUGGUCAUGAGGGAUCCGAACAGCAAGAGAUCCAGGGGUUUUGGCUUUGUAACUUAUUCAUCUGUACAAGAAGUUGAUGCUGCCAUGUUGGCUCGUCCUCAUAAGGUGGAUGGAAGAGUGGUAGAACCUAAACGAGCAGUUUCCAGAGAGGACUCAAACCGCCCAGGUGCACACAUAACAGUAAAGAAGAUUUUUGUUGGAGGCAUCAAAGAAGAUACAGAAGAAUCCCAUCUGAGGGAUUACUUCCAGCAGUUUGGUAAAAUUGAGGUCAUUGACAUCAUGACUGACCGUAACACUGGAAAGAAGAGGGGAUUUGCUUUUGUCACCUUUGAUGACCAUGAUGCAGUUGAUAGGAUUGUCAUCCAGAAAUACCACACAAUCAACUCUCACAACUGUGAAGUGAGAAAGGCCCUCACCAAACAGGAAAUGCAAAGUGUAGGCAUGGGAAUGAGAGGGAGCCGGAGCAGCAGCAGCGGCAGCAGUGGGGGAAGGCCUUAUGAUUAUGACAGAGGAGGAGGAGGCGGUGGUGGUGGCGGCGGCAGAGGAGGAGGAGGAGGAAGAUAUGGAGAUGGUCCUUACAAUAACAAUGGAGGUGAUGGUGGUUAUGGAGGUGGUCCGGGAGGUCCUGGUGGCUACAACCAAGGUGGCAACCGUGGUUAUAACCAGGGUUACAACCAGGGAGGCGGCGGCGGAGGAGGAGGAGGAGGCGGCGGCGGCUAUGGAGGAAAUGGUUAUGACAGCAACGGUUACGGCAACUGCGGUGGUGGUGGCGGCGGUGGCAAUAACUACAACAACAUGGGCCAUUACGACUCCCAGGCCUCCAACUUUGGUCCAAUGAAGAGUAACUUCGGUGGUGGUGGUGGCGGCGGCAGUGGUGGUGGUGGCAGGAGCUUCGGUGGCUAUGGAGGAGGCUCAAACAAUCCCGGUGGUUAUGGCCGUCCAGGACGAUUUUAAGUGGACUGAGUACUUAGGAGAGGAGAGCAAGGAGAGGAGAGCAAGCGAAGUGACAGGGCAGCUGCAGGUUUACCUCCUAAAUCUGCUCAGCCAAACAGUUGUGACAGGUUACAGCUGCUACAAGAAGAGAUGUACAGUAGAUAAAUCAUGGAGGGCCUUCAUUUAAAAUUUUGUCUUGUUUUUGUUUUGUUUUUUUCAUCUAAUGUGUUACUGGAACGCAAGCAUUCCAACGAGGGAUUUUAUGUUUAUCUUUGAGUCUGGUUUUUAUUUGUAACUGCUUCAAAUCAAUCUGAAAUAAAACAUCUUUCAGUUUUUUUAAAACCUUGUUAGACUCUUUAGUGAUUUGGGUAAGGGAGGGUUUAUUACUAGAUGCUGAUGCUUUUUAAAAAAAAAAAAAAAAAAACCCCAAGGUUAAAUAAGGGAUAAAAAGUUCAUUUCCCAGAAACUACAGUACUUGGAAGAGAGCAAAGUGGUGUGCAAAUAACUAUCAUCACAAAGAACUCGUCACUUGAUUCAGACCCUACAAAGAUCACCUGGAGGAUGCUAGCUUACAUGCAAAGUCUAAGGCUAGCCAUGGAAGCGAGCUGAGGGAGAGAAGUAGCAAAACCAUCGCCAGGAUCAUUGAAGCAGGGGAGAGUGAGAACAGAGGCCUGAGGCUAGCUAACAGCAGCUACCAAAAGGCUAAAAUGCUGUCUGUAGGUAAGACCAGACUUCUCAACUACUGAUAGUAAAUAUUUUGUCUUGUAGCUGGUAGUGAAGAUAUUAAGACAGUAAUG